CAACCGUCGUUUUGUAGGUCUGAUCUAUUUUGACAUGGGCAUCAAAAAUCCGAAAAUAAUGCUAGACGACCACGACUACAGAUUGUACAGGAAGUUACCGGGAAAAACUGUGUGGCUGUGCAGCCACUAUUACAUCAACGAGAAAGAAUUUAGGUGUAAAAAUAGGAUAGAAACCAGUGGAAGGGUUGCUUACGUCAAAGGGAUACAUAAUCAUCAACCCAGACCGAGAAAGGAUAAAUAUAAGAAUAUGUUGUCACAAAUGGUCACCAUCGUACGUCAACCAUGAGCUUGUGUAUCACAAAUCUGU